UCCAAGAAACACAUUCUAUUUAUUUAUCUCUCUAUAACUCUUUUCUUCUUAUUCUCUAUCUAUAGAGAUUUAGAGGGCUCCUUCAAACUCUUCUCAACCUCUCCUUCAUGGCGAGCACGGGCUCCGCGGCCGCUGCAUCAAAUGGCGCCAACGCGAACCCGGUCGUGCCAACCCCUCCCCCGUCCAUGGGGAAGAUGAUCACCGUCCUGAGCAUCGACGGCGGUGGAAUAAGGGGUCUUAUUCCUGGAACUAUUCUCGUCUAUCUCGAAUCCAAGCUCCAAGAACUGGAUGGACCAGACGCAAGAAUCGCCGACUACUUCGACGUAAUCGCGGGCACGAGCACCGGCGGUUUGGUCACUGCUAUGCUCACUACACCUAACAAGGACAACCGCCCGCUUUUCGCAGCCAAGGAGAUUCCCCAAUUCUAUUUGGAAAAUGGCCCCAAAAUUUUCCCUCAAAAACUUGUUGGGCCCUUUACUCCAGCAGUAAACCUGUUUGGCGCGCUCGCGGGGCCGAAAUACGACGGCAAAUUUUUACACAACAAGAUAAAAAGCUUAUGCGGCGAUAGCCGGCUCAGCCAGACUGUGACCAACAUAGUCGUCCCGACUUUCGACGUCAAGUAUCUGCAGCCGAUCAUUUUCUCCACCUAUGAGGCGAAGAGUAUGCCGUUGAAGGAUGCUCUACUCUCUGAUAUCUGCAUAAGCACUUCUGCAGCGCCGACAUAUUUCCCAGCGCAUUAUUUCCAAACAAAAGACUCCGCAGGGAACUCCCGGGACUUUAAUCUUGUUGAUGGCGGUGUGGCUGCGAAUAAUCCGACGAUGACGGCGAUGUCGCAAGUGACGAAGGAGAUAUUCAUGGAGAACCCGGACUUCUUCCCUAUCAACCCCAUGGACUACGGCAAGUUCUUGGUGAUCUCGCUGGGGACGGGCUCGGCGAAGGAGGCGGAGAAGUAUACCGCCCCUGGCUGCGCCAAAUGGGGCGUCCUCGGCUGGCUCUACAACAACGGCAUGACCCCCCUCAUCGACAUCUUCGCACACGCCAGCGCCGACAUGGUCGACAUCCACGCCUCCAUCCUCUUCCAGGCGCUCCGCACUGAGAAUCAUUACCUUCGUAUCCAGGACGACUCUUUGAUCGGCGACACAUCGUCUGUGGACGUCUCGACGAGGAAAAACAUGGAAGAUUUGAUUCAGAUCGGCAACGAUCUUCUUAAGAAGCCGGCGGCGAGGGUGAACCUGGAGACAGGUACAUAUGAGCCCAUCGCACGAGGGGGAACCAACGCUGAUGCUAUCGACCACUUCGCGAAGAAACUCUCCGAAGAACGAAAGCGAAGGCACGCGAAAUUGAACUCCAGCUGAUUGGGGAAAAAGUGAUAGUAGAAUCAAUCUGUUGCCUCUCUUUCGUGUAUUAACUGAGAAUAAUAUCAAGAUCAUUUGUUGUCAGAUGAAUUUGUGAUCAGCAAUUUCUCUGCUGAGCCAAAACUCCUUAUCCUAGUUUAUUUUCAGAUAAGUAACGCUAUGUCCGCGUACAAUUUUUGCAA